AUGCCUGUUCCAGCUCCUUUUGAAGGGCAAAAAAACAAGGCUCAUAAUGUUCAUAAAACUGGAGGUAAAGCUAAGAAAGCUAAAGAAAAAGUUAAAGUAAAAGGAAAUAAUGUGAAAGGAUUUACUUUUCAUUCCGCUGUGGCGGCAGGAAAGGCAAUUAGAAGAGCUGCCGACCUUAAUGAACGUAAAAAACAUAUUUUGAUGAUGGAUAGAAAGCCGCUGGAGCCUCCACCGAUUAUCGUAGCCAUUGUAGGUCCCAGCAAAGUUGGGAAGACUACACUUCUUCGAGGAUUAGUCAAGUUUUAUCUUCGCGAUGGUUUCGGAGAAAUUAAAGGUCCAAUUACAAUUGUUACGGGAAAGAAGCGUCGAAUUCAGUUUAUUGAAGUCAAAAAUGAUAUUAAUCACAUGAUUGAUAUUGCUAAAAUUGCCGAUUUGGUUUUGUUGAUGGUAGAUGCUUCCUACGGUUUUGAAAUGGAAACUUUCGAAUUUCUUAAUAUUUGCCAAGUUCACGGAAUGCCUCGUAUUAUGGGCGUACUCAAUCACUUGGAUCUGCUAGAUGGAAUUUCACGUGUUAAUAAAACGAAAAAGAUUCUGAAACAUCGCUUCUGGACUGAAUUGUACCAAGGGGCCAAACUGUUCUACAUGACGGGAAUGGUUCACGGACAGUAUAAAUAUAACGAGAUUCAUAAUCUAACUCGCUUUAUCUCGGUAAUGAAAUUCCGCCCAAUGGUUUGGAAAGAUGCUCAUCCAUAUGUGCUUUGCGAUCGGUUCGAAGACAUCACAAAUGCAGAGACGUUGCGACUUGAUCCUCUCGUUGAUCGUCAUAUUGCCAUGUAUGGAUGGGUUCACGGAGCUCAUCUCAAAAAUCACUCGUCUGUUCACGUUCCGGGCGUAGGAGACAUGCGAAUUAGUAAUGUAUCCAGCUUGUCCGAUCCUUGUCCACUUCCUGAAGAGAUAAAGCGGCGAUCUUUGAACGAAAAAGAGAAGAAAGUGUAUGCUCCUUUUUCCGGACUUGGUGGUGUUAUUUAUGACAAGGAUGCCAUUUAUAUUGAGUCAAAAAACGCUCAUAAUUUCAAUCGAAAACGUGAUCAACUUGUUGAAGCUUUAGAAGGAAUUAAAGCGGGAAUUGAUGACAAACUUAAAAAAUCGAGUGUGCAACUUCUUGAAGAUUCCGUCACUUUGGAAGUUGGCGAAGAAGAUGAAACUAUGAGUUCACAAGAUGAAGAUGAGCAAGACGAAGAAGAGAUGGAGGAUGAAGAUGAAUUGAUGGAAGAAGUUGACGAUGAUUUCGACGAAAAGAUGGACACUGAAGAGAAUGAAUGGUCUAACCUUGCUUCUAAAGCGAUUGAGCAGUAUCGCGGCGCCAAAAAUAGUCGAGUUAACUGGAUGAAGCUGGUUUACGGUGGAGAAGAUACAUCUCGCCCUAAAGAAGAAAAUUCUUCUAUUGAUGAUCUUUUUGUGGUCCGAAAAGAAAAGAAAAAAGAUGUUGUUGAUGAAGAGGAUGGAUUUUUCUAUGCCGAAUUACCCUCUGCUUGUGCCAAUACCAUUAAUUGGAACGUAGAAGAGACGCGAAACUCGAUUUCUGAUUGUUUCGUGACUGGAAAUUGGGACGAGGACGAACAGGAAGAAAACAAAUUGAAAGAAAAACUCGGAUCCGAUACGGAAAUGGAAUCAGACGAUGAUGUCGACGACGAGGCUGGAAGCUCCGAUGAAGAAAAUGGAGAUAGCGAUGAAAAGGAAGAAACGGAAGAGGAGAAAACGAAAAAGCAACAGCGAAUCGAGGAAAAGAUUAAAUUGAAACAGAAAUUUAAUGACGAUUAUGACGAAACUUGCAAGUUUUAUAACAAAGCUAAGACGGAAAUGCUGGAACAAGCUGAUUUGAAUCGACAAGUUUUCGAAGGAAUGGAUGAAGAAGAAAGAGAAAGAAUUGAAGGUUUCCGAGCUGGCCGAUAUGUUCGUAUUGAAAUCGAGGGAGUUCCUUGUGAAUUUGUGAACAAUUUUGAUCCAACUGCUCCUUAUAUUAUUGGAGGACUUCUUGCUGGAGAGCAGAAUAUGGGAAUCGUCCAGGCCAGAAUCAAAAGACAUCGAUGGUUCGAAAGAACACUGAAAUCCAGAGAUCCUCUCAUUAUCAGUUGUGGCUGGAGGCGGUUUCAGACUGUUGCAAUUUAUUCUGUUCAGGAUCAUAACAUGCGACUUCGUUUCUUGAAAUAUACUCCGGAACACAUGCAUUGUCAUGUUUCCUUCUUUGGUCCAAUUUGCGCUCAGAACACAGGAAUUGUUGCUAUUCAAUCAGUCGCCGACAGAACUCCUGGUUAUCGGAUAGUCGCUACUGGAGGCGUUCUCGAUCUUGAUAAAUCGACACAAGUUGUGAAGAAACUGAAGCUAAUUGGAACACCCGACAAAAUUUUCAAGAAAACUGCAUUUGUCAAGGGAAUGUUCAAUUCACCUCUAGAAGUUGCCAAGUUUGAAGGGGCGACGAUCCGAACCGUUGCCGGAAUUCGUGGGCAAAUCAAAAAGGCCGUUAAAUCUCCUCCCGGUGCUUUUCGAGCAACAUUCGAAGACAAAAUUUUAAUGAGAGAUAUCGUUUUUCUUCGUACUUGGGUUACUGUGCAAAUUCCUCGUUUCUAUACACCAAUUUCGGACCAUCUACAAUCAGCAGGAGAACCGUGGGUCGGAAUGAGAACAGUUGGAAAACUACGGCAUGAGCUUGGAAUGGGAGUUCCGGUUAAGAAAGACUCGGAAUACAAGCCAAUCGAAAGACCGGAAUUCGAAUCUGCGCCUAUUCACGUUCCACCAAAAUUGCAGAAGAGCUUGCCAUUCAAGCUUAAACCAACAUAUACUGAACGGGAAGAGAAAGAGAAGGAUGCACUUAUUUCGAAGCACACUGCAGUUGUUUUGGAACCAGAAGAAGCAAAACGUGAAAGAUUUAUGGAUAUGGUCAAAACGCUUCACAAAGUUGAUGUUCAAAGAUUAGAAAAAGAAAGACAAACGUUCAAAGAGAAAAAAGCGAAAGAGGAUGCCGAGUUUGAAGCAAAACGAGAGAAGAAUAUUAAAUCGAGGAAAAAGGCGAUUAGUAGAUCGUUGUCGAAAAAGGAACAGGCAAAACUACGAAAAGCUUUGGGUGCAUCAGCAAGUAGCACUGAUAUUCCGAGGCCUCACAUCGAAUAUGCGAUUUAUUCGAUAUUCAAGGGUGCCGAAUUCACGAGUAUUUUAGGAGGUAUUAUUGCACAUCCAUUAUAUAGAAUGUACUUGACAAGAAAAUUGAAUCCUGAGAAAAGGACUCCAAACUCUGAUAAAAUCAUUCGCGCUGCUUGUAGAAAACUACAGGGUCGUUUUCUUCUGUUCGGACUGUUCACGGCACCUUUGCUUAGUCGUCUCGAAACCAUUCAAUUGGGACGAACCGAUAUGGAAAUGAAGAACAUUUGCUAUGCGAUUCGGAGAAAUUCUGAGGGAUUAACCAUGGAUAGAUGUGCUUUACUUUGCGGGUUAAUUGGGUGGUACUGGAAGAGGUUUCAAGGAAUGGUUGAUGGAAUCAAUGUUGGAAUUGCUUAUGCCCUUGUUCACAUUAAUCUCAUCGCUCCAAAAACAUCACCAAUGCUUAAAGAUAGUGUUCCAAUCGACAAACAAUACGAAAAUGUGGAAGAAGCCGAGAGCAACAAAACACUACUAACGAAGUUCAUUUCAGAGCAAGAAAAAGAUUUCAAAUAA